AUGAUCGGAGACAUCCUGCUGUUCGGGACCCUGCUGAUGAACGCCGGGGCCGUGCUCAACUUUAAGCUGAAAAAGAAGGACAAUACGCAGGGCUUUGGGGAGGAAUCAGGGGAACCCAGCACAGGUGACAAUAUACGGGAGUUCUUACUGAGCCUCAGGUACUUCCGGAUCUUCAUUGCCCUGUGGAACAUUUUCAUGAUGUUCUGUAUGAUCGUAGGAUCCCCUGCUGCCCCAGGUUCAAGGUGUAGACGCGCGCAGAUGGCUCGUUUCCGUCGGAAGCUGCCGGCGCGGCGGGGGGGGGCGGAGCCUCGAGCGACAGCCGUUGCCCCGUCCAACCGCCUCCCAACGGCUCCCGGGCUGGACAGUGGGGCGGGGCGGUGCUGCGGCAGUGCGCCUGCGCGCGCAUGCGCCGAAGCGCGGGGCGGGGCGCGCGCGCAGCCCCGCCCCGGCCCGGGGUCUAUGCCCGCCCCAUCUCCCAACCUUCUCAGCGUGGCGCCGACGCUGCGUGCGGCGCGGGUUACCCAGAGUGCUCUGCGCGGGGGUAGCUCACUGGAGUUUGGUUCUCGAGGCGGCGGCUCCAGUAGCUCCGGCGGCUCCUCCUCCUCCGGUUGCCGCGGCGGCCCGGCCCGAGCGCCGGCCCCGGCUCCCUUCUUCCGCCACCCCGCGCGCCCACUCCCGCCCCGGCGCCGCGGGAACAUGCGGCUCCGCGCCCGAAGGCCGGCGAGUAAGUGA